UGCAACAAGCCAGGAAUAUAUUAUUGUCAUUUACAUACGCUUAUAAUGACAUCCACUAUACACGGGAAGUAUUUUGUCAUGUGUAAUUUUUUAUGCAUUGUAUAGACACCUCGUUAUAUUAAUAAUGCUUGUGUCACCUCUGUUUGGGUAUAUAGUAACUACUGCCAACAAACAGGCCAUAUGACAGUUAGAGUUUACAACGAUUGUCUGUGUUUCUGAGACAGGAAAAUGCAGGCUUUCAUUCUGAUAAUCCCACAAGAACCGAAUAUACAGUGGUUUCUAUGCUAAACAAUGUGUUCAGAAUGUGACAUAUUGAACAGACAAUUAAUUAUUCAGUAUUCUGAUAGUUUGUAAAAAAAUAUGUGAUGGUCUUAUUCUGGAAAUAGUGUAGGGGAUUUAUUAGAUUACACAGAACAAGUGACCUGCUGACAACAUCCAUAGUGAUGGAAAGAAUAGUAAACAACUGCAUUACGUGGAUUACCCAUGGCACUUUACAAAAUAUCUUGCUGUUCCCCGUCAAAUCAUGGACUGUUUCUUGGUUUAUCAAUUUCUGGACCUGUGACAUAUAACCAAGAUGUCAGACCAGGAUGAGCUGUACCAGAAGUCUUGGAUUCUGCAUCAUGUUCUGGACAGAUUAAUAGGGAGCCGGGAGGAGGUUGCAAUAAGGAGGAGAAUGAUAUUUAUAAGGGAGUAUAUAGAACGCGACAAAACCGUCGUUGAAUUUAACACAGGAAGCAUGGGUGAAGGUGUCCACAUGAACGGUUCUGAUGUAGACAUUAUGCAAAUUGACAACAAUGUGAUUGUUAUAUGCCCUGACCAGCACACCAGUGUUUCACGAGGUAGAACAGAUAAAACAAUUUUGAUUAUGAGAGCUAGUGACAGCCGACCUGGUUAUGUAAAUUUGGAACUAGAUCAAAGAGGACAGAUAUCCAGUGAACUCUUAGUUGAAUCCAUUGUUCGAGAUGGAAAUAAACUUUUCAUAUCAAGUGAAAAAUUUGCACGAACUUUUGCGAAAACAUGGGGUCUUAUGGGAAAAGUAGACCUGGAAAAUAAAGGCCCAGCUGCUAGUAUGGAUUGUAAAUCUAGUUACCUUCCAUUUGAUGUAGAUCUUGUACGUUCUUUUCCGUGUUCUAGCUGGCCAAAAGAAGCCAAUGAGUGGUUGAGUAGGCCUCGCUUUUACGAAUGGCCAAAUAAAGCGUUGAGAGAUCAGAUAGAACAAGGCGGUUGUCAUCUUGUCCCUGUAGGAGAUAAAACGUCUGCUGGAUCAUGCCUACAAUGGCGGAUUUCAUUUACAACUGCUGAAAGGAAGCUCAUGUAUUCUUUCACGCAUCAGCAAUUUUUAGUAUAUGGACUUCUCAAAUUCUUCCUCAAACAGAUAUCUGAAUCAUUGAAAGGGAUAACUGCGGACGUAGAUCUUCUGACAUCAUACAUCAUGAAAACAGUGAUAUUCCAUGCUUUAGAACAAACACCUACCUCAUUAUGGCAAGAAAAGAACACAUUCAUCUGUUUCAUGAUUUGCUUGAAUAUUUUGAUCGCUUGGGUGAAAGCAGGAUACUGUCCAAACUACUUCAUUAGCAGAAACAAUAUGUUCAGUGGAAAAGUUCAGGGUAGAAAUCAACGAAUCCUCCUACGUUGGCUCAUUAUGCUCCAUGAUUUGAAAUGGGAAUGUCUUUCAGGAGUAACACACAUAUCUAUAGUAAUGCGUAUGCGUCUUAUUAUAAGUGGAAAGUUGGAAUAUAUGCCUCCGCCAAAACAAUUAGAGAGGGAACGCGACAUGCUAAUAUUCGAAGGAACAGUUACAAGUCUUUUUAACUAUGAUAUACUUCCUAAGUCAUUGGCAUUACUGGCUAGAUCAACGUCUGACCUGGAUAAAUUUGUAACGCUUUACUAUACAGUACAGGCACUGUCCUAUAUGGGGAUGGAUACUUUCGAGGAGCACACGUCUGCGCGAGGUAAUAAAGAGAAGUACAAAUCUUUCAGGAAAUCAAAGAACUUGUUGACACCACUCGCCUCAGCGUGUAAAAGUCCAGGACAACUGAUGUUAGCAACAUAUUACUAUCAGACUGGAAAUUACAUGAGAACACUGGAGUUGUGCGGACACAUGAUCUCGUCUUUCACAAUUUAUAUUGGCGAAUGUUCAGAGGAAAAUGGUAGUAACAGGUAUGAACAGCAUUAUUGUGGGCAUGGUUAUACCCUGCUAGACAAAUGUCAGAAGACAUGUGUAUCGGAUCUCAGGUUUCUGCAAAACAAUGUACUGUUCUGUCCAUCGCAGUUACACCCGGAAAUGACAAAAGUACAUGAUGGUGAUGUACUUGUGAUCCCUCCACUCCCCUAUGCUGUAUUCCUGUCAUUCUUGUGUUACUACGAGCUUGGAGACACCAGGAGACGGGACACAGCAUUGACGCGCCUUCGGGUGGUGACGUACGAUGCGGAACAGGGGGGUGGUCAACACUGGAUAGUCCACAAUCUCUUGGGGAUAUGCUAUGAAAUGAUUGGGGACACAUCCAGGGCUUUCAGGGAAUACAAAAACUCUCUUGGCGGUCGAAGACAGCGUCCACAUUAUAAUCCUUCCGAAGAGAGGAUGGAGCGUUUGCAAAAUUCAAAAUAUAACUAGCAUAGGAACAUCAGUUCAGUGUAGAACUCGUGUAGAGAAACAUACCAUGAUUGAGAGUAGUUGGAUCACAUGACAUACUUAAGAAACAGUUGUUAAAAAAUUAGAUAAGCUGGCAGUGUUAUAAACGGAACUGUUUUUUUGCCUCAAUAUAAUGACAUUUGCUUUGUUUGUAUUUAUUUGGAAGUUUUUAGUCAAGAAAUUGUAUACUUCGUUUGAAAAAGGGAAGACGAUUUUUUACCCAGUAUAAUCAAUGUUAUAAAAUAAAUCAAAACAUUCGUAUUGCUGGUCUACAUAAGAUAUAUUUCAUGUUUUUUCUGAAGACAAAUUUAUUACUUUUGCCCUGUCCAGAUCUCGACCUCAUGUACAAUAUUGUGUUGAUCAGAAGUUUACAUCAAAUUAUGUUUACUGCAAAGGCCAGCCUAAAUGGUUAGCAUGCCAUGAACCAUGUACAGUAAACUAUUCUUAAAUAAGUUCGAUUUGUUUCAUGAGACAUGUAAUUAUUUUAACAAGUCUAAAAUCUCUUUUCGAAACGGUAAAUAUUUCCAAAAUUCUAGAAUUACUUGAAAUUUCUUAGCCUGUUCCAAUGGAUAAAACUGCCACUUUUGAUAUAGAAAUAUCAUAUGUCGUUUACAUUUUCUUUCCUUUUCCUUUUCAUAAUUUAAUCGAUUAUUUAAUUGGACAUAAAGACAUCUUCUGUGGUACUGUGCCGAUAAUGUACUAGUAUUAUAAUUAUUUAAGCACAAGGCUACCACAGUUGCUAGUCUAAUGGUUCCUCACAAUCAUUGUAUAAUUUAAUACAAGUUAAAUAUAUCACAAUAAAAAAGGCCAACCUGAGUUAUAAAUAUAGGUACUUUUCAUUGCUUAUGAAAAAUAAAAUGGAAAUAAAAUUGUAAUCAAAUGAAACUAAAGGGAAAAAAACUCAAAUUAUUCUAAUAAAUUGUUUCGGCAAUAAUUGAGAAAUAAUUGUUUUUGUCAUUUUGGAAAAUUUUCCCAUUCGGUCUACAAACGGGGUAGGUCAGAAUGUUACUUUCUGAUUCUCAUCUUAUCGCAAUUUCAUCAUUAUUUUCAUAAAAUUUGAAAUAUGUCCUACUGAAAAUGCAUCCAAUACACUCAAAAGUGUGUCUUUGGCAAACUUUAUCCCCCCUAAUCAGUCAAAUGGUGACCCAGGAUAAUUAAUUAACCAAUUAAAUACAGCACCUAGGGAACUUUCCAUCCGUGUAGUUUAAUUGAUUUUGGUAGAACUUAGUCUGGAGAUUUCUUUUUCUAAUUUAAGCAAAUGAUGAUGAUGAUGAUGAUGAUGAUGAUGAUGAUGAUGAUGAUGAAAAAAAUGGAAUUGAAGUUGUAUUUAGCCGGAAAAAACUAUAUGUGAUACAUACACAUACAGAUACUCACAUGUGCAACUUUUGUAAAAGCUUGUUCUGUGGUAGCGAGGGGCUACUUGCUGUUCAUAGUCUUGUUGUGCACGGUAUAACAGUUAUGUAGAGACAUUCAACCUAUGAUAAAAUGAAAAUUUCAAAAAACAUAAGACUCAACAAAAAACUUGUUCAAAUCUCGAGGGUUUGAAUAUGAAACUAUGACAGCACAUGCAGAAGCCAGCUAACAAAUAUCAUAAACUUGGAAUGACCACAUUUAUUAUACCGAACAAUGAAAUAGGGCUUAAUGCUGAAUUGUGCUUUAAAAUGUGUGAAUAAUAUGCUAUGUAACUUGUGCUAAAAUCUGUGGUGUACUUUUACACAUGAGGGUAUGCUGAAACAGGUUAUUUAAGUUUCAAUUUGAAACUUUUUAGAGAUAUUGAGUUUUUAAACUUAAGUUUAAUCAUUGCUUUCUGGUAGCAGUGUACAGUAGAGGGUUGUGGCCAUAGGUGAUAUUUUU